AUCAAUUUACUUUCAUUUUCUAGGUGCUGGUGAAUCCGGUAAAAGCACAAUAGUCAAACAGAUGAGGAUCUUGCACGUGAAUGGAUUUAAUGCUGAGGAGAAGAAAAUGAAAAUUCAGGAUAUUAAAAACAAUAUUAAAGAAGCUAUAGAGACGAUAGUGACCGCGAUGGGCAACUUGGCACCUCCAGUUGAACUAGCCAACCGAGAGAACCAGUUUCGGAUCGACUACAUCUUAAAUUUAGCUAACCAGAUAGACUUUGAUUUCCCACUGGAGUUUUAUGAACACACAAAAACACUUUGGCAAGACGAAGGUGUGAAGGCCUGCUAUGAGAGAUCUAAUGAGUAUCAGCUGAUUGACUGUGCGCAGUAUUUUCUAGACAAGAUUGACAUCGUCAAACAAAACGAGUACACGCCUUCUGACCAGGAUCUUCUCAGAUGCAGAGUUUUGACAUCAGGAAUUUUUGAAACCAAGUUUCAGGUGGAUAAAGUCAAUUUUCAUAUGUUUGAUGUUGGAGGGCAGCGAGAUGAACGCCGAAAAUGGAUCCAGUGUUUUAAUGAUGUGACUGCGAUCAUAUUUGUGGUGGCGAGCAGUAGCUACAACAUGGUUAUACGAGAGGACAACCAGACCAAUCGGCUUCAGGAAGCACUAAACCUCUUCAAGAGUAUCUGGAACAACAGGUGGCUACGGACCAUUUCAGUAAUUCUUUUCCUGAAUAAACAAGAUUUGCUAGCAGAGAAAGUUUUGGCAGGGAAAUCUAAAAUUGAAGACUACUUUCCAGAAUUUGCUCGCUACACUACACCAGAUGAUGCAACACCGGAGCCUGGUGAGGAUCCCAGAGUUACAAGGGCCAAGUAUUUUAUUAGAGACGAGUUUCUUAGAAUCAGCACGGCGAGCGGCGACGGCCGGCACUACUGCUACCCCCACUUCACCUGCGCGGUGGACACGGAGAACAUCCGGAGGGUUUUCAAUGACUGUCGGGACAUUAUUCAGCGCAUGCACCUUCGCCAAUACGAGUUGUUGUGAUGGAGAGCACUUUUUUCUGUGUUUUGGACUCCUUAUUCCUUAUUAAAAAAAAAGAAAGAAGCCGCCCUUGCCCACACAGGGUGGCCGAGAACUGUUUGAAUCUCCCAUUGAUUUGCACCCCUCAACUUUUUCUCCUUGCUGGACAAUAGCAGCACUUCUAAGCUUGCUUCUGUACCCCUCGGACAGUGUGAGAUGGCCCCUAACACUUAAAAGGCCGUUUCCGUGAGGAUUCCCUAACACUGUUAUUAACAAAAAAGAGAAACAAACAAAAAAAAGAAAUAAAAACUAAUUAAUUAAAUCCCUGAAUGUGGAGCACCUGAAAGAAUUGGGGAUAAUAAAUUAAAACGUAAAACAAAAAUUGGGGAGAGAAACCUGUAGGUGAUUUGGCGCUGCCGUGGGCGUAGUCUCUAACCCCCAUCUCCAUUUGUGUCACUCGCUGCGUCAGAGCAAAGAAGGUGCCGAGUCACAGCCCGAGCUCGAAGACAGACCCCGGGGCUGGGGUCUCUGACUGUAACGCGGCUUUGAGCGGAAACACUGACAGUUCUCCAGCAGAGCCGGCGCAGACACCGCCCGAGCCCUCAGGAGGGGCUCUCGCCCGGCCGUGGUGGUCUCGGGACGACCAGGGACGCUUGUGCGCGGCGCUGCCUUCGGGCCGGGGCGGCCCAGUCCCCCCACACUGUUCUCAGUUGUCACUGACGAUCCCGUCUGCUCGAAACCAUCACCUGGACCGUGCUCCUCACAGUCCGGCCCUUCCUCCUCCUCCUCCUCUUCUUCUUCUUCCUCCCUCCUCUCAUUUUUUAUUUUACUGCUGGAUUAUUAUUCUUGUACAGACUGUAAAAUGUAUUAUUUUGUACAACUUUAUUGAAAAGAAAUAACUUGUAGAAGAUCUUUGUGCCUUGAUUAUGGCUGUACCUGUACAAUGAGCUAAGAUGUAAGUAUGUUUGAUUGCGCUGUACAGCUUUGUCAACCCUAUCUGCAGCAUUAGCUCAAGGUAGGGAAAAUUUAUCUGUAGUUUAGUUUUUCUGGUUUAUAAAAGAAGGAAAAAUACUGUUUAGUAAAAAAAAAAAAGAAAAAAAGAAAAAAAAAGAGAAAAAAGUACAAAUUGUGCAAACUUAACCACUUUAAAAGUGAGGUCUUCAACAAGUGACCAGAUGUUGCAGCAUCGUGCUUUUUAAUUUUUAGCUUUAAUUCAUUUAAAUCUCUAUCCAAAUGCAAAAACAUGGCUUGUUUCUACAUAAACCAAAUUUUGCUACAAAUUAUAAAUGUUAGUCUUUGGUCAUUCAUAGUCCUUUUUGCUGAAGGCAGAGCAGGGCGGUAGCGGACAGGCAGGGCACGGUGCCGCCGGGCGACCGGUCCCCGUCCCCGCGGGGGACACGGCGCGCUCUGCCCUCGGAUUCGGCCACUCAACUCCAGUCCCAAACGACCUUUUUAUUUCUCUUUUAAUAAAGAGAUACUUUAGAACCUUUUUGUUUUAUAUUAACUAUAUAAGUAGCUUAAAGUGAAGAAAAUGUGUGGAUUUUUCUUAAACUUGAAUAAUUUAUGCAAAUUAUAUGCUUAGAACAACAUGUGGUACAGUAAAAAGAAAAAGAGCAAAAAUCACUGUAGCAAUAAGAGAGCAUGUAAUUUUAGUAACUACUACACUGCUUUAUAUUUUAUACCUAGGUGUUUUAUGUCUCUGUGAGUGUGUUACUUUUUCAUGUGUCUAAACCUACGUGUACAAUUUGUACAGUCAGCAAUUACAGCUGUAACAGCCCCCCUAGAACAGUGUUAGCGAGAUGGUCAGCGCCCACUCCCCUCAUCACCCCGAGCUGCUCCGCGUCCCACGCAGGGACCGCGCCGGGGAGGAGACAAACCCGGCGCCAGCCCCUCGCCCCCGCGGCCCCCGCACCCGCCGGAGCUCUCUCCUUCGGGAAGAUCCUGGCCCAAGCCCAGCUGGGGACGGUGGUGGCCCGUGGUGGUGCCCGUGGUGGUGGCCCGUGGUGGUGCCCGUGGUGGCGGUGCCCGUGGUGUUGCCCAUGGUGGUGCCUGUGGUGGUGGUGCCCGUGCAGCGAGAUUGGCUUCGGGCAUCCCACAUCUUUUUCACAGCCAGAACCGCAGCUGUUCGGGGCUGGGAUUUUUCAUUGCUUCUGUGGCUGAACUUUUAAAUGACAAUUAAUCACCUCCUCCAAUUUUACCUAACGAGCGGGGACUUGAUGGAGUUACCGUCCCAUCUCCCUAAAUUCAAAAUUACUGGUGAUCUUCUAGAAGACACUAAAUUGGCUGAAAAUUGUAGCUGCGGCUGCUACUCACCUUUUUAAAAUGAUCUCUCCUGUUGCAGGUUUAGAAAGUGCCACCCGAACUCAGUAGAGCUGUAGGAGAACACGCCCGACGAGACGCCCUCCGGGUUCAGAAUGUAUCCAGUGCCUGUGGGUCACGGCUGGGCUUUCCUCCAGGCAGGAAAGGGACACGUCCUAGGAAGGAAAUUUGUUGUGAGCCUUAAUUUUAGUUACAGGAGCCAAAAUCUUUAAUUUAGUGCCAACCCCUGUGUCUCUAAGCCCGGGAGGAGUCGGUGUGAGCACCAGCCCCUACGUGGGGAAGCCCGUGGUGGUGUGAGGAAUGUAACCUCUCAGCCGAGAGAAACAAAGCACCUCCAGUAACAAAUCAAACCAAUAAGCUUCUUCCUCUGCUAACGAGAAGGGUCCGUGUGACAGAGCUCUGUACGACAGCAGCAGCUGCAGAAACCCAAAGCUUUACGUGAACAGGAAUGUUCAGGAGAUGAUGCUUUUUUUUUUCCCUAAAGUGAGGAAAAGGCAGUUGUUUUGGAUGUGGUUGAGUUGCACAGGACGGAGUGUGUGUGUCUUAACGUCUCAGUAUUGCCUUCCUUAGUCUCUAGUAGUCCUUGCGGUUUGGUGGCCUGGGAAACGCAAGUCUUAUUUUUAACAGCUUUUUUUUUUUUUUUUUUAAAUACAAAACCAUAAAGCUUUAAUGCUUGCUAUUUAAUAAGUAACUGUGUUUUCUUCUGUCUCUAAUUUAGUGGCCAUAAUUUGCAGUUAAUUGAACCAUUCCAACCUAAUGCUUACCCAUAUUUCCUAGUUUUGUUUUAUUUAUUUAUUUGAACUUCUUGUUUUCAUGAUUGAGGACUUUCACUUCUGUCUUCUUCAUCUGUUUGGAAACUUCUGACCUUACAGCCAAAACUUAAUUCAUUCUACUCAGUAUUCGUGGUGAUGCUGAAGUGUAAGAUACCUGCAAAUGUAAACACUACCACUUUGAUUAAUAAAAGCAAAUCCAGUGUUUUAGGGCA